AUACUUUUAAAAGUUCUAGAAGUUCCUCUGUUCUAUCAACCUGAAAAUCAACAAUUCUAUAUCCUGUUGAAAGUCUUUCCCACGUAAUUGGCGCAUCCGAAACUGUAAGUUCUUGCUCUCGAUGUGACUGUAUAAACGCGGAUAACGACUGUUUCAAAACAUCAUCAUCGUCCAAUGUAGGUUUAAACAGCGACGAUCUUCUUUUAAACAAAUUGAUGUCAGUGGAAGAAUUUAGUGCGAAGCUGUUCAUGCUUUAGGUUAUAUAAGAAAUGAACUUCGUAUUUGUCACCGGAACUUGUACGUUUUUAAAAUUUUUUUUAAGUGUCAGCAAUUACGCGUAUUGAAUAUUUGUAGAUAGUUGAUAAACUUGAAAAUUUACUAAUUAACUAACUUAAUGAAAAUGGAAAGACCUGCAGAUGAUGUGGCUGUUGCUAUUGAGACGAAAAUAACAGCUCCAAUCACUUGGACUUUGCAAUCAAAAUUUAAAAUUCAAGAUAUACGAGAUAAUCAACAUGAAGAAGUUCUUACACUAAUUAAACAUCACUAUUUUCGCGAAGAACCUAUGUGCAAAUCUAUUAAAUUACUCAAAGAUUCUGCAUCGGUAAGUGGUUAUUUGGAUUUAAUAAGAAUAUGGCUGAAGGACACAACAAGCCUGAUCGCUAUUAGUGCUAAGUCUGGACGCAUAAUCGGAGUUGCCAUAACUAGAAUCAACAGCUUUCUCUACAAAAGUAAUACCUAUAGUCGUGUGCAGAUAUUUACUGGAGAAGCUCUGGAAGCGAUGAUGCGAUUAAAAGGCGCUUUGGUUAAACAAGCAAACAUUUACGAAUCUACGGGUCAUGAUACGUAUUUAUGCAUCUAUGUUAUUUGCGUACAUCCUUCUUACAAAAAUAAAGGAAUCGAAAAAGGCCUACUUGAUGCUUGUAGCAGAGCAGCCACAAAUAUGAAGAUAUCCCUUCUUGCUGGAAUUUUCACAUCAAAUAAUGAUCAAUCGAUUGCCCGUAAAAUGGAAUACUCAAUACUCACACAAAUACCUUACAAACAUUGGAUAAUAGACAAUAAUGUCGUUUUCGAUGAUACUGAAAUUGAAAAUUAUUCAGCGGCAUUUAUGAUUCUGUUAAAAACAUGAACAAAAAUAAAAAAUUCAAUGUAAUUAUAAUAUAGUAAAGUAUAUCAAAUACUAAAUGUGAUUUUAAAAAUACAUAAUAUUUCGAUGCCCGCUUUAAUAUAAUUAUUGCUGAAAAGUACUUUUUGCAGUCGAACAUUGUAAAUCAGCUUUCUAUAUUGUACGCUGUACGCUAUUGUGAUUCAAUAAACAUUUGUUUUGAUCUAUAAUAUAGAAAUAACGAAAGAUUAAAGUUGAGUAAUACGAAUUUUAAGGGAUUAAAUAACUCUCGGGGAAGGUCGAGUUACGUAUGGCGUUACGUUUAUUACGUGAACGCAGACUUCCUUCCUUUUCUUUUUUCCGCUCUCGCGCCGUUUUUCGGCUAUACAAUCGGCUGCACCUUUCGAGUGCAAGUGGACCCACUUGCGAAAGAAUUUCGGGCACAUGCAUUACGAGCUCAGGCAACAGCAGUAUAUAAAGACCAAAAUCCAUUCCAAUCAGCAUCAGUCGCAUUCCAGAUCGACAAACAGGCAGACAUGGCUUUCAAGUUCAUCAUCUUUUCGGCCCUCGUGGCAGCCGUGGCUAACGCCGCUAUUCUGCCGGAAUCUUACCACGGCCUCGGCGUUGCCCAGUUGUCGGAGCACCAGGUCGAGGAAGACCACUACGACCACCACCCCAAGUACAAGUUCGCCUACGAAGUGCACGACUCGCACACUGGAGACAUCAAGAGCCAGCACGAGGAACGAGACGGAGACACCGUCCACGGCAGCUACUCACUCAUCGACGCUGAUGGACACAAACGCAUUGUCCACUACACCGCUGGCAAACACAUCGGGUUCCACGCCACUGUCCACAGGAAGCCGAUCUCGCACCACGAACCUCUGGCCAUCAACACGCACUACUCCUACCACCAUUAAAACUUAGCGUCAGCCAUACAAUAGUUUGAAGUGGUUUCAAUACCAGCGUGAAUGUGUUAGCUGUUUUUGUAAAUAUUGGAGAUGAUUGUGUUUAGUUGAAAUUUUCUGAUACUUUAGUUUUAUAAAUUGCAUUACUUGAGACUUGUGUAGUCAAACGUUUGCGACGACAUUAAUAAAUCUACCCAUUUAUAGAA